AUGAGGAACUCGUUGUCGUUGUCGUCGUCGUCGUUCUCGUCCUCCUCUGCAAUUGUGGAGAUUGAAGAAGCAAGCGAACCACAAAGCCCCAAUGGUAUAGUCGUAUCUUCUCAUGUUGCUUGGAAGGAUGUAAAUGUAAUGGUUACUCUGAAUAAUGGAGAUACAAGAAAUGUAUUAGAAGGACUUACUGGUUAUGCAGAACCUGGAACAUUCACUGCAUUAAUGGGUCCUUCUGGUGCUGGUAAAUCUACGCUGCUCGACGCUCUCUCUGGACGUCUUGCUUCUAACGCUAUCCUCUCUGGAAAAAUUCUCCUCAACGGUCGCAAAGCUAAGCUCUCAUUUGGAACUGCAGCAUAUGUAACACAAGAUGAUACGUUGAUAGGAACACUAACUGUUCGGGAGACUAUUUACUAUUCAGCUCAAUUGCGUCUCCCUGAUAGGAUGCCAUUAUCGGAGAAACGGACACUAGUUGAGAGCACCAUUACUCAAAUGGGCUUACAAGAUUGUGCUGAUACAUUUAUUGGAAAUUGGCACUUGCGCAGUAUAAGUGGGGGAGAAAAGAGGAGGGUUAGUAUUGCCCUUGCGAUUCUAAUGAGGCCUAGAUUGCUCUUCCUUGAUGAACCAACAAGUGGACUAGAUAGUGCCUCAGCGUUCUUCGUAACACAGACACUGCAUUGUCUUUCCAGAGAUGGACGGACUGUGAUAGCCUCAAUUCACCAGCCAAGCUCUGAAGUAUUUGAGCUGUUUGACAGAUUAUACUUGCUUUCCGGAGGCAAAACAGUUUACUUUGGUCAAGCUUCUGCAGCAAACCAGUUCUUUGCCGAAGCAGGAUUUCCUUGUCCUUCUUUCAGAAAUCCAUCAGAUCAUUUCCUCCGGUGCAGUAACUCUGAUUUUGACAAAGUUAAGGCCACUCUAAGAGAGUUGAUCAAAUUUAAUCAGUACAAUGAUGAUCCUCUAAACAAGAUAACAACAGCAGAAGUAAUUCGAAGUCUUGUUGACUUCUAUCGUCAUUCUCAGUAUUGCUACGUAGCAAAUGAAACAGUAGAAGAAUUGUCCAAAGUUAAAGGAACAGUGCUAGAUUCUAACGGAAGCCAGGCUAGUUUCUUUAUGCAGUCCUACACCUUAACCAAACGUUCGUUUGUUAAUAUGUCUAGAGACUUUGGCUAUUACUGGCUGAGGAUUGUGAUCUACUUAGUGGUCUCCAUCUGCCUUGGAACCAUCUAUUUAAAUGUGGGAACCAAGUAUAAUUCCAUCCAGGCAAGAGCUGCAUGUUCAUCUUUUGUCUUUGGAUUUAUGACAUUCAUGUCGAUAGGAGGUUUUCCUUCAUUCGUGGAGGAUAUGAAAGUUUUUCAAAGGGAAAGGAUGAAUGGGCAUUAUGGUGUCAUUGUAUUUGUGAUAAGCAACACGUUAUCUGCAAUGCCGUUCCUUAUAUUGAUUGCAAUUCUUUCUGGUACUGUCUGCUACUUCAUGGUCCACUUCCAUCCAGGAUUCUCACACUAUUUGUUCUUUGUAUUGGCCCUUUAUGCCAGCAUUACGGCGGUUGAGAGCCUGAUGAUGGCCAUAGCUAGUGUUGUCCCUAAUUUCCUCAUGGGUAUCAUCAUAGGGGCUGGCAUUCUGGGAAUAUCUAUGCUGGUCUCUGGGUUCUUCAGACUCCCCUAUGACAUACCAAAACCUGUCUGGCGUUAUCCGGUGUCUUACUUGACUUUCGAUUUUUGGGCUGUACAGGGACAAUACAAAAAUGACUUGAAGGGGUUGAUAUUUGAUAACCAGAGUCCUCAUCCUCCCAAGAUCACAGGUGAAUAUGCGCUAAAACAUAUAUUCCAGAUUGACGUGAACAGAUCAAAAUGGGUGGAUCUAAGUGCCAUCUUCUCCUUGAUAAUCAUCUACCGCGUAAUCUUCUUCAUCAUGAUUAAGAUCAACGAGGAUGUUACUCCUUGGCUCCGAGGUUACAUUGCUAGGAGAAAAAUGCAGCAGAAUGGUGCAAAUCAGAAUUAAGACAAUGGCACCAU